UCGUUGUUCUAUAUUAUUCUAAAGUCAGAAAAGGGAGCCCCAUAGUUUCCGAGAAAAAGACAGAUGGGGGGGAAAUAGAAAGCUAGGUUGAUCCCGAAUUGCGAGCGGUAAAUAUGUUUGUUCCCAUCCACUACGGUGGUUUGUCCUAGUAUUAAUGAAGGCAGAAAGUUGGAGAAAGAAAGCUUUUUCUUAGACGACAGACCUCAUCGCCAAUCUACCGCCAUGUGCCAUUGUUACCCUGAAGGGAAAAUGAAACGAUCUAGAAGAUGAAAGUCUAGAAAUCGAUAUGAUAUAUGGACUAGAUUUUUUUUUUGUUGCCAUGUUUCCGACUCACUCUAUGCAAUCUAUUUCGGAAUGCAAUUAGUAGGUGGGAUAAAAUUUUUCAAUCGGUUAUCUAACUUUUGCAAUUCAUUUGAUUUUUACAACUACCGGUAACACCAGAAUCAAAUUACCUUUCCCUUUUUUUCCUUUCCUUUUUGUUCCAACGCUGUAAAUGAACGCAUAGAAACAAUUAAAUGUUAAUGAAUCGUGUUGUGUUCCAUAAAUGGCGAACCAUUUUCGUUAGAUUUCGGGAAAAGUAAAAGCGAGGGAAAAUUCUGCUUCAUCAGCCUAUUGGUGAGAGCUUAUAGUUUUACAGUUAGUUCCACCCGAUCAUUUUCUUUCUCUCAUCGAGGCUGCUCGUACACGGUAGUAGGCAAAUUGAAAUUGUAUCUGAUUGUGCCUAAUUUACAUAUAAUGAUAACAAAAUUUGGGGUAAGAGAGGCCUCGAGUUUUAUUUUAAAAUCUAUUUUAAUGCUGACCCAGAAAUCGUUCGCCCGCUGCCCGUAUUUGUUUACCUGCUUGCAUAUCUGAUGAUCGUGUUUUGUUUCCCUCCACUCUGCUUCUUGCGUUGUUGGUAGUAGACAACAAAUUUCCCAAGUUGUGCGUCCAACGUUCAGAAGGUGAAAGUUUCUCUUCUCCUUGCUACCCACCCAUUCGUUUUCCCUCUUGAAGGCAUGAAAAAGAAACCACCACUGCCGACCUCCUCCUCCAUGUUUGAAGUGAAACCCUUAAAAAUAAAACACAUACCCACCCAAUAGCAAAGCCUUGAGUUAGGGCAGGUUGGGAAAAACUAAGGUGGUGUUUUUAUUAUUCUUCCUUCUCCUCUUCGUUCGCCCUCUCUCUUUCUCCGUCUGCGGCACUUCUUUAUAAAGGGGGUAUACCGAUCUGCGUUGAGAUCAGUUGAGCUUAGUUGCGACUACGGGGAGGAUCGAAUAUUAUAUCCGCUCUCGUCAGCCCCAGCCUGCCUUCUCUUGUGUGUUGCGGAUGAUUCGGCGUAAAAUCCAACAACAGUGACCUCCGACUUUGUGGUUCGUUUUCGACCCAUCCCUUCGACAUCCUAUUCAGUGCACUUGUACGUUUUGGCAGUAAACAAUAAUGAACAUCCUGCGGAUUUCUCCCUUGGCGGCCGUGGCCCUCGUUUGUGUCCUACUCCUCGCUGACCUGGAUACGACUAGAGCUCAGUUGACGAGCCUGUCUGACUCGGAGGUCUCCAGCGGAACAGUUUUCUUUCCGGAGGACGACGAUGAAAUCGUUGAUGAAUCCUCCCCUCCUCUGGCAUUUCGCCAUCCGCCAAAUGGCCGUCGAGACCCUUCCAAUGCACAAUCAAACGGCCGCUUUCCUCAUCCUGUCAACAGCUUUCUGAAGCCGUUUGAGCCGCUAUUCAACGGUGUUGUGCCCAACUUUUUCAAUAAUCCUGAACCGAAUUUCAACAUCCACCAUCAUUACAAUCAGCACGGAGGCAAUUUUCAUUUGCAAGGUCCUCCUUCGCCGCUUCCUCCGCCACAGCAGAUUCCUUCGCAUCUCAACUUCCCUGGGCCACCCGUCAAGAGGCCUCCACACAAGAAUACAAUCAAAUUCCCUUCUGAUCUACCUCCAGGCAAUCAUUUUUCUCAUGACCAGCGGCCGACACAGAACAGCAACAAACGUCCGAAGCCGAAACCAACAGUGAAUCGACAAUUUAAAGAAUGCGGAUUGACCUAUACUCGUAUGAAUCGGAUUGUCGGUGGUCACGAAACAAGCUUUGGCAAAGUUCCAUGGCAGGCGUCGAUUGUCAAAACAAGCUACCUCUCCAGGAGGGUGUCGUGUGGUGGUGCGCUAAUCAACAACCGCUGGGUAAUCACGGCCGCUCACUGCGUGCACAGUACGGCAACAUCGGGUAUUCGAGUGCGACUAGGCGAAUGGAAUAUGAAAGACACCAACGAACCUCAACCUCACGAAGACUACGACAUUGAACGCAAAGAGGUGCACCCUAGCUACAAUCCAGCAGACUUCCAGAACGACAUCGCCUUAUUGAAGCUCAAACGCGAUGUAGUGUACAAGGAACACAUUAUCCCGGUUUGUCUACCACCAGCCAAAGCCAGUUAUGUCGGUCAAACAGGAACGGUCACAGGAUGGGGCCGCACAGCUCACGGUGGAGCGACAGUGCCGGACGUUUUGCAGGCAGUUGACGUCCGUGUCAUCGACAACAGCGACUGUCAGAAGUGGUAUAAAGACGCAGGCAGAAGGGAGACUAUCUAUAAUGUCUUUACGUGUGCGGGAUACAAAGAGGGAGGCCGUGAUUCUUGUCAGGGUGAUUCCGGAGGACCAUUGACGAUUGAAAGUAAUGGUCGAUCCACGCUGAUUGGUCUGGUCUCGUGGGGCAUCGGAUGCGCUCGGGAGUCACUGCCGGGAGUCUAUACCAACAUUCCCGUUUUUGUUGACUGGAUAGAGCAAAACAUUCGCUAGUCAAUUUCAUCACCACAAGCACAAAAUUCAUCGGAUAACGUUCGCCUAAGACAAAUCGAGAAAUUAUUCCGUCUAAUGUUUAAAAAAUACUACCACUUAUUAUUAGUGUUGUCUCGAUUAUUUUAUUCUUGUUUAUUUUCAAUUUAUUUACGCUCCCGACGAUUUUAGUUAACGGACAGGAUUCCGUAACACACUGUAAAUAGUUCGAUCACACGUGAAAAUGAUUCAGUGCAUUCCUUCCCCAAUGAUUAUGAGCCUCCCGAUCCCUCUAGAGCUGCCUUUCGCCGCAGCGCAGUCGUGCCUUUUUUGUUCCCUAUCCCUUUUUACCGAAAUAUCGUGCAUUGCCCAAACAAAUCCUUCGUGUUGUGCAUUCAUAUAAUUUAGAGGUAUAUCUGAAUGUGUUGUGUGCCUGUGUGCAUAAGGGGCAAAUCGUUUCCAAAUCUUAUACCAUAUUUUGAGUGUUGCUAAAAAGCAAACGAAUAAAUGAAGGGGAAAAAGAAUUUUUAGCAAAUACACAUUUCAUGGCACCA